AAGGAGCAGCAGAAGAGCUCUGGGAUCCCUCCCCGGCCGGGCCGCGAUGUCCUCAGCUACCAGGGCAGAAACAAGGGUUGCGCGUGGGGGUCGCCACUGAGGCGGAAGGGGCGGCCCAGGAUGGAGCCGCUGUCGCCUGCAGCCACAGAAACUUGAUCCGCGACAGAUAAAUCUCUGCCUGUCUCUUCGUCCUCCUCCCAAAGCCCCGCGCACAGCGGGUCAGGACCCAGGCCUCGGGAUCGCGGCCACUGAGCACCUUAGGAGCGGAGACGGAGGGGGGGGUUGGCCACGGCUCCCCGAGGCCAGCCCCCCCGGAGUGAGUGCGGCCACCAUGGCGGACGGGUCGCCCCGGCCCCCGCUUUAUCGCAGCGUCUCUUUCAAGCUGCUGGAGCGCUGGAGCGGCGGCCCCGGGCCGAAGGAGGAGGACACGGACGCCGUGGGGUUACGACGUCGCGCCUCGUGCCGGCCGGCCGCAGCAGCCCCGGGCCAGCCCUCCCGGCGCGUGUCCAAGCUGGCGUCGGGGCCCCCGGCCGCCCCCGCGCAGCCGCGCCCGCUCCGCAGCCUCUCGCCCUCUGUGCGCCAGCUCUCCCGGCGCUUCGACGCUCCGCGCCCGGACUGCGAUUCCGCUGGGGCCCGAGACGGGGGCGUCUCCCCCGGGGCCGCGGAAGAAGCGGCCGAAGGCGCCGCGCGCGGGGCCUGGCCCAGCGUCACCGAGAUGCGCAAGCUCUUCGGCGGCCCCGGGUCCAGGCGGCCCAGCACGGACUCGGAGGCCUCGGGGACGCCCACCCCCGACGGCGUCGCGUGGGAGCCCUCAACUCGGGAGCCCCGGCAGCCGCCGACGCCACCUCCUCGGACGUGCUUCCCGCUGGCGGGCCUGCGUGUGGCGCCGCGGCCGGUACCCGGUUCAGGGAUUGAGGGAAGGCGGCGGCAGCAGCUACUGGAGCGAGCGCAGCGUCCAGCGGAUGGUUUACAUUCUUGGCAUAGCUUCUCCCAACCGCAGGCCGGGGCCCGGGCCUCCUGCCCCUCCUCCUCCUUCGUGGCCUCCUCCUAUCCUGUCAGCCGAAGCCGGGCUGCCAGCUCCAGCGAGGAGGAAGAGGAGGGCCCGCCGCCGCAGCCAGGGCCCCAGAGUCCGGCCUACCACGCCGGCCGCUCCUCGGGCAGUGACGAGGACCAAGACGGUGAGGGUGGUCGCCAUUGGAAAGGGAGGCCGGGGCUUAGGCCUGGAAGCGGCCUGUUGGAUCAGGACUGCCGGCUGGACAGUGAUGGGUUAAAUUUGGGAAGCAUGGACUCAGUGGGGGGAGUUAGGAUCCCAGAACCUCCAACCUCUCCAAAAGUCCUUAGUGAAGGGGGACCUCGGGAGUGGGGUAGUGGCUUGCAGCCCUGUGUCUCUGGUCCCCAGGAAGGCAUGCGGCCUAUGACCGACACUGUAGGAGGAGCUUUCCGCGUAGCCAAGGUGAGCUUUCCUGCUUACCUGGCCAGCCCUGGGGGCUCUCGAGGUAGCAGCCGCUAUUCCAGCACGGAGACCCUCAAGGAUGACGACCUGUGGUCAAGCCGGGGUUCUGGGAGCUGGGGGGUGUACCGCUCUCCUAGCUUUGGAGCAGGGGAAGGUCUCCUGCGGCCCCAGGCUCGAACCCGGACCAAAGGACCUGUGGGCAUCAGUAGGACCUUAAGGGAUGGAGCUUUGGAGCUGGACAAGAGCAGACAGCGAAAGUCCCUCUCAAAUCCAGAUAUCGCCUCAGAGACUCUGACACUUCUCAGUUUUCUGCACUCAGACCUUUCAGAGCUGAGAGUCAGAAAGCCUAGUUUGGGAUCUGGAAGCAGCCCCUUAGAGGGCAGAGACUCAAGGUCAGCAGGUGGCCUAGUAGAGCAACUUGAGCCUAUGACCUCCCAAGCCCCAGCAUCACCUGGCACACGUCCUACGCUCAAGGACUUGACAGCCACCCUGAGGAGGGCAAAGUCGUUUACCUGCUCUGAGAAGCCGGUGGCCCGACGUCUGCCCCAUACCAGUGCUUUGAAGCCCAGUUCCUCUGAGCUCCUGCUGGCAGACCUUGGUGCUGAGGAGGAUCCAUUGCCACUUGUCAUCCAGGAUCAAUACGUACAGGAGGCUCGUCAGGUUUUUGAGAAUAUCCAGCGCAUGGGUGCCCAGCAGGAUGAUGGAAGUGAUGUCCUCCCUAGAAUCCCUGACUUGGCAGAGGACCUGACUAGAGGGAAGCGGUCCCAGGAGGAGCUCUCAGGCCCUGAAUCCAGUCUGACAGAUGAGGGAAUUGGGGCAGACCCUGAGCCUCCUGGUACAACCUUUUCCAGCUUGGGCACAACAGGGACAUGGGGACCUCUUUCUUCAUCCUCAACCCAGAUGAACUACCGUGUUCCUGGGGCCGAGGACUGUCUGGGUGGGUGGACCCUCAUGACCCCUGAAACUCCUACCACACCAGGUGCUCUCCGAAGGAGACGCAAAGUCCCACCUUCAGGCCCUUGUGGGACUGAACUGAGCAAUGGGGAGGCAAGUGAGGCUUACAGGUCCCUGAGUGAUCCAAUUCCACAGCGCCACCGUGCUGCCACCUCUGAGGAGCCCUCUGGGUUUUCUGUGGACAGCAACCUCCUGGGCUCACUGAGUGCCAAAGCAGGGCUUCCAGUGACCCCAGCUGUGGAUGAGGGCUUGACCAGUGGCCACAGUGACUGGUCUGUAGGCAGCGAAGAGAGUAAGGGAUAUCAGGAGGUCAUUCAGAGCAUUGUUCAUGGGCCUGCCACUCUGGGGCGUGUAGGGGAAGACAGAGUUGCUGGCAAACCCCCCAAGAAGAAAUCUCUGAGUGAUCCCAGUCGUCGUGGGGAGCUGGCAGGGCCUGGAUUUGAGGGCAUUGGAGGGGAGCCCAUCAGGGAAGUUGAACCUAUGCUGCCUCCAUCUAGUAGUGAGCCUAUCCUUGUGGAACAGCGGGCAGAGCCAGAGGACCCUGGUCCUGCCAGGAACCGGGCACAAUCUGAGAGGGCUCUACCUGAGACCCUGCCUGAGUCCUCCACUCCCCACCCUGACUUUCACCUUGACCCCAAGCUGGUGGAUGUUCUAUCUCCUCGGCUCAUCCGACGAGGUUCCAAGAAGCGCCCAACCCGAAGCAGUCACCAGGAGCUCCGGAAAGAAGAGCGAGAUCAGGACCAGACUGGUGGUCUGUCUCAGGCCCGGCCCUCCUCCAAACAUGUUCGCCAUGCCAGUGUGCCUGCCACCUUCACACCUAUUGUAGUGCCUGAGCCCCGGACCUCUGUGGGCUCCCCAGUGGCUGUGUCAGAGCCUGUGGGUCUUCCUGUCCAAGCCCACCCCACCUUGCAGGCACCAUCACUUGAAGAUGUCACCAAGCAGUACAUGCUGACUGUCCACUCAGGUGAGGUCCCUGCCCCAGUGCCUGUGGACCUGCCCUGCUUGACUCCUGUUGCACCACCUUCUGCUGAGGCCAGGCCCCCUGAGGCCACCCGGGCUCCAGAGGAGCCUGCCCCUGCCAGCAAGUGUUGUCGAAAGCCACAGGUGGACAUGCGGAAGCACGUGACCAUGACCCUGCUGGACACGGAGCAGUCAUAUGUGGAGUCACUGCGCACCCUGAUGCAGGGCUACAUGCAGCCACUGAAGCAGCCAGAGAACUCUUUGCUGUGUGACCCGUCGCUGGUGGAUGAGAUCUUUGACCAGAUCCCUGAGCUUCUGGAGCAUCACGAGCAGUUCCUGGAGCAGGUGCGGCACUGUGUGCAGACCUGGCACGCACAGCAGAAGGUCGGGACCCUGCUCGUCCAGUCGUUUUCCAAAGAUGUCCUGGUAAACAUCUACUCUGCCUAUAUUGAUAACUUCCUCAAUGCAAAGGAUGCCGUGCGUGUGGCUAAGGAGACAAGGCCUGCCUUUCUCAAGUUCCUGGAGCAAAGCAUGCGGGAAAACAAGGAGAAGCAGGCUCUAUCUGACCUCAUGAUCAAGCCUGUGCAGCGGAUCCCACGCUAUGAGCUCCUGGUGAAGGACCUCCUAAAGCACACACCUGAAGACCACCCGGAUCACCCUCUGCUCCUGGAUGCACAGCGGAACAUCAAGCAGGUGGCUGAACGCAUCAACAAGGGUGUGCGGAGUGCCGAGGAGGCAGAGAGGCACGCCCGAGUGCUGCAGGAGAUUGAGGCUCACAUCGAGGGCAUGGAGGAUCUCCAGGCCCCGCUGCGGAGGUUCCUGAGGCAGGAGAUGGUCACCGAAGUGAAGGCCAUCGGUGGCAAGAAGGACCGGUCCCUCUUCCUGUUCACAGACCUCAUUGUCUGCACUACCCUGAAGCGAAAGUCAGGCUCUCUUCGGCGCAGCUCCAUGAGCCUGUACACUGCCGCCAGUGUGAUUGACACAGCCAGCAAGUACAAGAUGCUAUGGAAGCUGCCACUAGAAGAUGCAGACAUCAUCAAAGGGGCGUCCCAAGCCACCAAUCGGGAGAACAUCCAAAAGGCCAUCAGCCGCCUGGAUGAAGACCUGACCACUCUGGGCCAAAUGAGCAAGCUCUCUGAGAGCCUUGGCUUCCCCCACCAGAAUCUGGAUGAUGCGCUGCGGGACCUCUCAGCUGCCAUGCACCGGGACCUGUCAGAGAAGCAGGCUCUGUGCUACGCGCUUUCCUUCCCACCUACCAAGCUGGAGCUGUGUGCCACCCGGCCAGAGGGCACCGACUCCUUCAUCUUUGAGUUCCCCCACCCUGAUGCCCGCCUAGGCUUUGAGCAGGCCUUUGAUGAGGCCAAAAGGAAGCUGGCAUCCAGCAAAAGCUGCCUAGACCCUGAGUUCUUGAAGGCCAUCCCCAUCAUGAAAACCCGCAGUGGCAUGCAGUUUUCGUGUGCGGCUCCCACCCUCAGCAGCUGCCCAGAGCCCACACCUGAGGUGUGGGUGUGCAACAGCGACGGCUACGUGGGCCAGGUGUGCCUGCUGAGCUUGCGUGCUGAGCCUGACGUGGAGGCCUGCAUCGCUGUCUGCUCGGCCCGCAUCCUCUGCAUCGGGGCAGUGCCCGGCCUGCAGCCCCACUGCCACCGGGAGCAUCCAGAAUCGCUGAGGAACCCCCCAGAGACUGCCUCAGAGCCAGCUGGGCAGGAGCUGGAUGUUGAGGCUACAGCAGAGGAAGAAGCAGUGGCAAUGGCCGAGCCGGGGUCACAACCCUGCCUGCACAUCUCCAUCUCAGGCUCUGGCUUGGAGAUGGCGCCUGGCCCCACUGAGGGUGACUCCCGCCCUGAGUUGGUGCCUUUUGACAGCGACUCUGAUGAUGAGUCUUCACCCAGCCCCUCGGGGACGCUGCAGAGCCAAGCCAGCCGGUCCACUAUCUCCUCCAGCUUUGGCAACGAGGAGACCCCAAGCUCCAAAGAGGCCACAGCAGAGACGACCAGCUCCGAGGAAGAGCAAGAGCCUGGCUUCCUGCCACUGUCUAGCUCCUUCGGGCCCAGUGGACCCUGUGGCACCAGCCCAAUGGAUGGGAGAGCCCUGCGCCGCUCCAGCCACGGCUCCUUCACACGGGGCAGCCUUGAGGACCUGCUGAGUGUGGACCCGGAGGCCUACCAGAGCUCUGUGUGGCUGGGCACUGAGGAUGGCUGUGUCCAUGUGUACCAGUCCUCUGACAGCAUCCGUGACCGCCGGAACAGCAUGAAGCUCCAGCAUGCAGCCUCUGUGACCUGCAUCCUGUAUCUGAAUAAUCAGGUGUUUGUGUCUCUGGCCAAUGGAGAACUUGUCGUCUACCAGAGAGAAGCAGGUCGUUUCUGGGACCCCCAGAACUUCAAGUCGGUGACCCUGGGUGCUCAGGGGAGCCCCAUCAGCAAGAUGGUGUCUGUGGGUGGGCGGCUGUGGUGUGGUUGCCAGAAUCGAGUCCUUGUUCUGAGCCCCGACACGCUGCAGCUAGAGCAUACAUUCUGUGUGGGGCAGGAUUCAAGCCGAAGUGUAGCUUGCAUGGUGGACUCCAGCCUGGGUGUGUGGGUGACACUGAAAGGCAGUGCUCAUGUGUGUCUCUACCAUCCAGACACCUUUGAGCAGCUGGCAGAGGUGGAUGUCACCCCUCCUGUGCACAGGAUGCUGGCAGGCUCAGAUGCCAUCAUCCGGCAGCACAAGGCUGCCUGCCUGCGGAUCACAGCGCUGCUGGUGUGUGAAGAGCUGCUGUGGGUGGGUACCAGUGCUGGCGUGGUGCUCACGAUGCCCACCUCCCCCAGUACUGUCAGCUGCCCACGAGCACCUCUCAGCCCUGCUGGCCUAGGCCAGGGGCACACGGGCCAUGUUCGCUUCCUGGCUGCAGUCCAGCUGCCAGAUGGCUUCAACCUUCUCUGCCCGACCCCACCGCCUCCUUCAGACAUAGGCCCUGAGAAGCUGCCAUCCCUGGAGCACUGGGACUCCCCUCGACACCGAGGCCCCACCUCGGCUCGGCCUAAAAUGCUGGUUAUCAGUGGAGGUGACGGCUAUGAGGACUUCCGGCUCAGCAGUGGGGGCAGUGGCAGCAGUGAGACUGUGGGCCGAGAUGACAGCACAAACCACCUCCUCCUGUGGAGGGUGUGACCCUGUGCACUGUGGCCCAGGACUCACCUGCCCACCUGCGCUCAGUCUGCUUGCCUCUCCCUCGCCCACACGCAGACCCUGACCAGGAGCGUCUGGCAGGAGCACACCCGUGGCUGCGUGGGCUCCUCUCUUCUUCACGGAAGCAUUCCUGCUGGAACACCGCCGGCCAGCCAACCCUCCCCGACCCACUGGCUGCUCCAGUGCUCCCGGGUAUAACCAAGGUGGGGGCAUGAGGGCUGCUCAGGACCUCUGUCCCUGGAGCUUCUACCAAAGACACGGCCGGCCUGGACUCCACGAGGCUGGGGAGGGCCAUGUGCAAUAUUUGGAGGAUUUUUCUGGGGGCAGCAGAAGGCUGAGGAUAGCAUCCUUUCCCAUGUACAGUAUUUAUAUUCCUUUUUAGAUGAAUUCUUUCCAAAGCACUUAUUUAUGCCAUGACCUGGGGCAGAGUGUGAUGUGAGGAAAUGACAGGAGGGGGAAAAAACCUGUUCCUGCCCAAGGAGCCAUCUGGGGACCUAUCCAAGCCUUCUGGAGGAACCAGUGUCUCCCCCUAUGACACACACACACACACACACACACACACACACACACAGAGUUUCUCACACUCUGCAUGUUCAGGGCACCAAAUACCACCCCUUAAUAACAACUUUCCAGUUCAUCGUGAUGGGGCUACCCAUCCUGACCUAUAGGCAAGGACCAGGCACCCUCAGUCAUCCCGGACAAAAUGAUGUUUACUGGGGGCUGCAACUCCUGUGACCCAGGCUUUAGCAUUUCCAGUGUGUUGGUGGUGCCUUCAGUGGUUUCUUAAUUUGAGAACACUGAUGGAACCUUGGACAGGGCUUUCUCUCAGGUGAGAGAAAAGGCCCUCAUUCCUUGCAGUUGGCUCCAGCCCGCAGCUCCUGCCUUCCUGUGUCUCGUGCACUGGCACAGAUGGUCACCGUGGGGGUAGACCUAGGAGCCCCUCACUCUGACCACUGAAUCCUCUCCUUAGGAACCCUCCUGUCAGAGGCAGCCGCUUUAGGAAGUACUCCCAGUGCUGGGAGGCUGAGCAUGGCCUCUUCAAAUGGGAAGCCUCCACUUGAGGUUAGCUUCUCCCCUGCCUCCCAGGCUGCAGGGAGCCACUCUGACUCUCAGCCCCUCGCUUCAGCUACAACUCCAAAGGUCUGGUUUCAGGUGGGGUUGGUUUGUUCUGUUUGUUUUUGUUGAGGGGGGUGGGUCAUUGUGGUCUUAGAUUAUGUUUCUCUUGCUACCAAACAGUCAUGUAUUAACUCUUCUUGGAUGAUGAAAUUUAAAGAGUCAAUAAAUAGAAAUACCAAA